CGAUGAAUGCCUUAUUCUACAACGAUCUUUACCAACUAAAAUUGUUUGCUAAACUUUAAAAAGAUGAAGCUGCACUGAUGUUGAAACACCGUCCACUGUGUGUCACGAUCCUGCUCCUCGCAGCACUGUUCAGUACAGCCCUCUUAUUGAUAUCCUGGAACACAAGUGCAGUGGACAGCAGUACCUCGGUGGAGUAUCAGAGAUCCAGUGCUGAUGUUGUUAGUCUCAAGAAGGAGGUGAAACGACUCAAUGAGAGAAUCCGGUUCCUAGAAGAAGACUCCCUGUUCAGAGGUGGUCACGGUGGAAACAGUCGUAGUGCUCUGUCCGAUCAGAAGUCCUACCCCUCAGUGAAGAGACUGGUCGAGUCAGACAGAAAGAGGAUACUGGUGACUGGGGGUUCAGGGUUUGUUGGCUCCCACCUAGUGGACCGCCUGCUACUCGAUGGACACGAGGUCUACGCUGUUGACAACUUCUUCACUGGACGAAAGCGCAACCUAGAACACUGGAUAGGGCAUGAGAACUUUGAGUUGCUCAACCACGACAUUGUGAACCCUCUGAUGCUAGAAGUAGACCAGAUAUACCAUCUUGCAUCCCCCGCCUCCCCCGUUAAAUACAUGUACAAUCCCAUCAAGACCCUCAAGACCAACACAGUGGGCACACUGAACAUGCUGGGUCUGGCAAAGAGAGUUCGUGCUAGAUUCCUGUUUGCCUCCACCUCUGAGGUGUACGGCGACCCACAGGUCCACCCUCAGAAUGAGAGCUACUGGGGACACGUUAACCCUAUUGGACCCAGGGCUUGCUAUGACGAGGGGAAGAGAGUGUCAGAGACUAUGGUAUACGCUUACCAGAAACAAGAGAAUGUGGACGUGAGAGUGGCACGAAUAUUCAACACAUUUGGACCUCGUAUGCACAUGUAUGAUGGAAGAGUGGUGAGUAACUUCAUCAUUCAAGCACUACUGGGGAAGCCUUUGACAGUGUACUCUCCGGGAGACCAAACAAGAUCCUUCAUGUAUGUCAGUGACCUAGUGACUGGACUGAUAGCACUGAUGGGGAGCAACUACUCUCUCCCUGUCAACCUGGGCAAUCCAGAGGAGCACACAAUCACAGAGUUUGCUCAGAUCAUACUGGACAUGUUAGAUGGUGGUAAGGUUGUGAUGAGGCCUCACAAUCAAGAUGAUCCUUAUAAGAGAAAGCCUAACAUUGCCAGAGCUCAGCGGAUACUGCAAUGGAACCCAGUGGUGCCACUCAAGACUGGACUGCUCAAGACCAUUGAUUACUUCAAGCAAGAGAUUGAGAACUCCACAAACAAUGACAUUAGAUAAGAAUUGUGUGAUCAUGUUUUGUUUUUUAUUGUCCCACUAAUAAUUAUUUUUUGUACCUAGCGUCAAUUAUUCACUUGUGUGUGAGACGA